AUGGUUUUUGGCACAAACAGAACGAACGAGUCAUAUGAAACACAAGUUUUAGUUAAGUGCGAACGAAACGAUAUUUAUGUAACAAUGAAGAUAACAAUUCUGCUAUUUAUUGUGGGUCUUUGCCUAGUUAGUGCGAAGCAUCUUCCUUAUGAAUCGGACGAUUCCAACGGCGUAUUAUUAAGAGAUAAAAGGUCAGAUUCUAACGAGUCUGACUCAUCCUUUGAGCAGAGCAGUGAUGAUGACGAUUCAAUUGAAAGGAAAAUAAAAGAGAGAGAGGAAAAACUACGCGAGAAGGCAGAAAAAGAACAAAAAAAGGAGAGACGUCGAGAAGAAGAACGUCAAAGAAAACUUGAAGAAAAACGCGAAAAGGAAGAGAAGAAACUUCAAGAGAAACUUGAAAAGGAACGACGUAAACAAGAAGAAUACGAACGGAAACUUGAGGAGAAGCGCUUAAAAGAAGAGAAGAAAAGACAAGGAAAGCAAAUAAAUGAAUUGAAAAAGGAAGCAAAAAGGUCAGAAAUAGAAGACGAUAGUUUCCUUGAGACUGAAGAAGAAAACUCAGUUGAACUUGAAGAUAUAUGGAGACAGCAUAUUUACACUAAAUACGGCUUAAACUUUGCUAGCACUAAAUUAGAAAAACAGGCAGCAUUGAAUAAAUAUAUUCAGGCAGAACAGAAACUACACCCUAAUAGUACCAAGACUGAACGUCGUCGCGCGAUAUUAGAUUUGAUCCAAACUAAACUUCAAAAUGAUAUUGCUGAAAGGGAGGCGAUUCGCAAACAAAUAUUGAGUCACGUCAAUGCAGUAACAUUACAAAAAUUACGCGAAGGUUUAGAAAAAGACAUAGAUGAAAUAAAUAACAAAACAGAUUUACUGAAAAACGUUCAAUUACCGUGGGCCAUUCCUGUUCAACAGAAACUCGAGGAAAAGAAAACAUUUUUGCAAGGGUUAUCCCAAUUUUUAUCGAACAUUCUUCCUAGCUGGAUUUCUGGAAACCAGCCCCAAACAAAUUCUCCAACGAAUGAAAAUGGAAGUCAAAGUAUUAAUUCAAAUAAUGAUGCCAUUGAGUCUUCUGGGAAUGGUGAAAUAUCUAGUGCUGGAAAUGAAAAUAGUGGAUCUCCAGCUCCAUCCAGCUCUAUCCCAGCCUCACAAGCAAAUGGUCCUGCAGCUUCUGAAUCUAAUGUAGCAGGACUGCCCGAGGGAUCUGUAUCUCAAGUAAACCCAGGAGCUCCAUCCAGCUCUGUCGACUCAGCUGUCAGUGGUGUUAGCAACCCAGCCUCACAAGCAAAUGAUCCUGCAGCUUCUGAAUCUAAUGUCGCAGGAUGCCGACGGAUCUGUAUCGCUCAGAGUACAAUCAGUACGAAGUUCCAUCCAGCUCUGUCGAUACAGCUUCCAAUGCCCGACGGAUCUGUAUCUCAAGUAAAUCCAGGAGCUCCAUCCAGCUCUGUUGAUUCAGCUGCCAGUGGUGUAAGCAACCCAGCCACACAAGCAAAUGAUGCUGCAGCUUCUGAAUCUAAUGUAGCAGGUUUGCCCGACGGAUCUGUAUCGCAAGUCAAUCCAGAAGUUCCAUCCAGCUCUGUCGAUACAGCUUCCAAUGGUGUUAGCAACCCAACUUCACAAGCAAAUGAUGCUGCAGCUUCUGAAUCUAAUGUAGCAGGACUACCCGAGGGAUCUGUAUCUCAAGUAAAUCCAGAAGCUCCAUCCAGCUCUAUCGAUUCGGCUGCCAGUGGUGUAAGUAACCCAGCCACACAAGCAAAUGAUGCUGUAGCUUCUGCAUCUAAUGUAGCAGAAUUGCCCGAGGGAUCUGUAUCGCAAGUCAAUCCAGAAGCUCCAUCCAGCUCAGUUGACUCAGCUGCCAGUGGUGUUAGCAACCCAACCCAACAAGUAAACGAUGCUGCAGCGCCUGAAUCUAAUGUAGGAGGACUGCCUGAAGGAUCUGUGUCUCAAGUAAAUGCUCAAGCCACCUUCGCCACUCGUGGUGUUAGUAACCCAGCCUCACAAGCAAAUGAUCCGCAGCUUCGACUGCUGGACACCCGAGGGAUCUCAACCCAAGUAAACCCAGGAGCUUCAUCCAGCUCUAUCAACUCAGCUGUCAGUAGUGUUAGCAACCCAGCCUCACAAGUAACCAAUGCUGCAGCGCCUGAAUCCAAUGUAGGAGGACUGCCUGAAGGAUCUGUGUCUCAAGUAAAUGCACAAGCUCCAUCUGGCGCUGUCGCCUCAGCUGCCAGUGGUGUUAGCAACCCAGCCUCACAAGCAAAUGAUCCUGCAGCUUCUGAAUCUAAUGUAGCUGGACUGCCCGAGGGAUCUGUAUCUCAAGUAAACCCAGGAGCUUCAUCCAGCUCUGUCAACUCAGCUGUCAGUAGUGUUAGCAACCCAGCCUCACAAGCAAAUGAUGCUGCAGCUUCUGCAUCUAAUGUAGCAGGACUGCCCGAGGGAUCUGUAUCGCAAGUCAACCCAGGAGCUCCAUCCAGCUCUGUUGAUUCAGCUGCCAGUGGUGUAAGCAACCCAGCCACACAAGCAAAUGAUGCUGCAGCUUCUGAAUCUAAUGUAGCAGGAUUGCCCGACGGAUCUGUAUCGCAAGUCAAUCCAGAAGCUCCAUCCGGCUCUGUCGACUCAGCUGUCAGUGGUGUUAGUAACCCAGCCUCACAAGCAAAUGAUCCUGCAGCUUCUGAAUCUAAUGUAGCAGGACUGCCCGAGGGAUCUGUAUCUCAAGUAAACCCAGGAGCUCCAUCCAGCUCUGUCAACUCAGCUGUCAGUAGUGUUAGCAACCCAGCCUCACAAGUAACCGAUGCUGCAGCGCCUGAAUCUAAUGUAGGAGGACUGCCUGAAGGAUCUGUGUCUCAAGUAAAUGCACAAGCUCCAUCUGGCUCUGUCAACUCAGCUUCCAGUGUUGUUAGCAACCCAGCCUCACAAGCAAAUGAUCCUGCAGCUUCUGAAUCUAAUGUAGCAGGACUGCCCGAGGGAUCUGUAUCUCAAGUAAACGCAGGAGCUCCAUCCAGCUCUGUCAACUCAGCUGUCAGUGGUGUUAGUAACCCGGCCUCACAAGUAAAUGAUGCUGCGACUUCUGAUUCUAAUGUAGGAGGAUUGCCUGAGGGAUCUGUAUCUCAAGUAAAUACACAAGCUCCAUCCAGCUCUGUCGACUCAGCUGAGUUCCAUCCAGCUCUGUCGAUACAGCUGUCCAAUGGUGUUAGCAACCCAGCCUCACAAGCAAAUGAUGCUGCAGCUUCUGAAUCUAAUGUAGCAGGACUACCCGAGGGAUCUGUAUCUCAAGUAAACCCAGGAGCUCCAUCCAGCUCUGUUGAUUCAGCUGCCAGUGGUGUAAGCAACCCAGCCACACAAGCAAAUGAUGCUGCAGCUUCUGAAUCUAAUGUAGCAGGAUUGCCCGACGGAUCUGUAUCGCAAGUCAAUCUAGAAGUUCCAUCCAGCUCUGUCGAUACAGCUUCCAAUGGUGUUAGCAACCCAACUUCACAAGCAAAUGAUGCUGCAGCUUCUGAAUCUAAUGUAGCAGGACUGCCUGAGGGAUCUGUAUCUCAAGUAAAUACACGAGCUCCAUCCAGCUCUGUCGACUCAGCUGUCAGUAGUGUUAGCAACCCAGCCUCACAAGUAACCGAUGCUGCAGCGCCUGAAUCUAAUGUAGGAGGACUGCCUGAAGGAUCUGUGUCUCAAGUAAAUGCACAAGCUCCAUCCGGCUCUGUCGACUCAGCUGCUAGUGGUGUUAGCAACUCAACCCAAGAAGUAAACGAUGCUGCAGGCUCCGUAUCACAAGGAAGUUUAGUCGGCCAAGCUACGGAUAGUAAUUCUAUGUCAGUAGGUCAAAACGUUGAGAGUGCUUCAAGUGAUAAUAUCAAAGAUACAUCUUCUACCGCAACACAGGACUUGCCAACUACGAAUGAUCAAUCUACAGCGUCACUAACAACUACAGAUGUUACAUCAGAAAGAGUAUUAAUUAAUUCAACUCCUACAGAUUUAGUGCAGUCAAAUGGAAAUGCUAAACCGGAGAGUACAACAGACACAUACGCAACUGUAGUACCCGAAGCCAACGGUGCGGUAACGGAGGAUAAAAAUGCAGUGAUUAAUCAAAACGCUGUUGAAUCCCAAACGGAGACAGCUGGUGUUGUGACAGAAUCUCAAUCAGCCACCAAUGUCGUACCAUCCGUGCAAAGUGAAUUAAAUACAAAGGCUCCCCAAGCUGCAAUCACUGAAUCUGAACCUUUGACCCCAGUUGAUUAUGUUUUAGAUAGUUUUACAGUAGAACCUGAACCUGGAGCUACUGUAGUAGAAGUUGUUGCGCAGUAA